GCUUUCUCGAGGCCGCCUCCAUGGAGAAGACUGUGACGCUUCACAGCUUCUUGAAAGAGGAGCCAAGUCCAGGACUUUGCUCGACGAUCUAGAGCGAAGUUGCAGACGAAUCCUGAUAAAAUUCUGCGCUAUAUAUUUUAUCAUUCAUCAAUCAUGCAGUGUCGUGCAAAAGAGUAGCCAAGGUAACUGAAGCCUAAGGUUAAAGUAGAAUUGAGGUCCACCACUCUUAAGCUUACAUCUUACAUUCAUUCAGUCAUCUGAGAGAGCACAUUGGAAGGAGAGAUCAGAAAGGAAGAGUCGAGCAAUUGAUGCUGCAAUGACCGUGGCGCACGCGCCUCCUGAGAGACCUAAGAUGCUUGCUUCUCCUCCAGCAUGUGAGCGUGAGCUCCUUGCAGCACCCCAGCUUUCUCCCCCAUAGCAGCUUCAUUAUGGGGACUGAACUCAAGAAACUGACAAUGCUAGAUGGAUUGGAGCAGCGAGAAACCGAGCUCCUGGCCGAUGUAGCCUGUAGUGAGAGCAUUGGUCAGCUCAAUCACUUGCUCCAAGAACUUUCCAAGCCGCCUUUGAACGGCGUCCAUUUGAACGACUCCGGCAAUACAGAGCAGCUUGUGACCAUUGCUGUGCUUGGGCCACCGUUGGAAUCGAUGCCGAUCUGCUUGCAGGGUGCACAGCAGAGCAGAGGCAAUAUCCUCAUGGUACUGGAGCCUUCUUGGCUGGAGAGGCGGCAAGUCAACCACAACGAGGAGGGGAAUCCAGUUAACACCCAGCGUCUCUUCAUCAGGAGAGCAGUCUCCUUCGAUGGGGGUGGUGUUGCCCUUUUAGAGGACUUUGUGCCACCACGAAAGGUCACCUAUUUGGCCAAAUUAUCACAUGUUGACAGAGUAGGUUUGGAAAAUGCUUAUGCCAGCCUUCUGGCCCCUGGGCUUGAGUGCGCGCUUGGCCCGUGCCAUGCCCUCAAUAAGCUCACCUCAAAUACGCUACACUGGCAUUCCUUGUUAACUCGAGACAGCGAGUUGGCGAAUCCCCGGAGCAUUACGUUCGCCACUGCACGAUGCGCAGAGGCACAAAAGGUUGCUAGUGAGACGUCUGCCCAGGGCUGCCAGAGUGCUUCUUGCACACUGCCGCUUCUGGAACCCAAAGUGGAUUUGAGCCCUAUCAAUGUUCAACAGUCGCGGCAAAUGCGGAACAGUAGUCGCCGUAGAUACAGAGCAAGAGGAGGACGCGCGCCUGAUCGACAACAUCCAAGCUUUCUGCAAACCGCCGAGCGGUGUGCUGGUGGUCAAGAGCAGCGACGGGGCCUCGAGCAGGGCUGCUACGUGCCUCCGGAGACGAGGCUUUCGUGGUGGAGGAGUUUGUGUCGAGCAUUCAGCCGGUCAUUCCGCAACCUAACCAGAUGCCGACGCCGGACUCCGCCUGGCUGGACGCCGCUUCGCGGGCCGGACUGUCUGAAGCUGUGGCGGCACUCCGAGCGGACCGGUUGGACGGCUGCUCUCCGUCGGGCCAGGUUGCGGAGGAGCGGUAGGAGCGACGUAGAGAAUGCACGUGAGCUCCCCGUCGAGCGGCUCGGCUUCAAAGUGCGCGCGCUGGUGGCACGUGCCCCCUGGGGCGAGCCGGAAAUCGUCGCGUUACUCGCCGUGAGCGGGAGCCUCGCCCGUCCGAUCCGGUUCCGAGGCAGCAGCGCCGUCGAUCUCGAUGCCGUGCUCCAGGCCUGGGGAGCAUCCGACGCGGCCAGGGAAGACAUCCGCACUGCGGUCUCCAGCACUGCCGAGAGACUCGCGCGGUUGAUCCUGGACUCCGAGACGUCGCUGAAGGACGUCCAAAAGGGAGGCGCUGGCUGCCAGACGGACUUCCUCGGCGUCGACAUGCUCGUCGCCCCUGCGGCGGCCGCCCACCAGGCCGUCCGUGUAUUUGUUAUCAAGGUCCUGCCGGACUGGAGAUGCUGCCGGAACCUGCUGACACCAUCCGUGUCACUCUCCAAGAGCGCCAGUCUUUGGGUUGCCAACAUGGUGUCAAGGUCUCAGGAUUGCCUCUUGAGAGGAAAGAGGAUUCUCAUCUUGGGAGCAGGUGGCUACACAAAGCGUUUCAUCUGGGAGCACACGCGCAAACUAGGUUUGCGGGUCGUCCUCGCCCACGAAGACGCAAGUCACUUUGCGCGCGAGCUGGUGGAGACGUUCAUCGUCGUCCCUGGCAUGGAGUUCCAUUCCCCCGAGCUCGACCGGCAGCAUGCCGCCAGAAUCGUGGAGGCCCUCGAGGAAAGGCGGCUCACAGUCGACGGCUGCUUGACGGUUUGGGAGGAGCACGGGCCUCUGGCCGGCCUGGUCAACAACCUCCUUGGGACACGUGGCAACUCGUACGAGGCCCAAGCCCUGGCCAAGUCGAAGUUUCGGACGCUGGAAGCCCUGAUGCGCGCGACCGGGGAGCGUCCGUACGGACCGCCGACGAGUGCGUUCGCGUCCAAGAUCUACCGGCUACCGGACGAAGCGGCUCUGGUCCGCGCCUGGGAGGACCUGGAAGGGCGACCCGCGAUGCUGAAGCCCGAGCAUGGGUCCGCCUCCACCGGGGUGUACCUAGCCAAGACCUUGGAGGAGGCGCGGGCGAAGUACAAGGAGAUUCCCCUUUCAUUAACGGGCUCGCCAAUAGGUCGAGCCUUUGGGUGUGACCUACUGCUGAUGGAGUACAUCGAGGGGCCCUCCCAUGAGGUUGGCAUCAUCAUGUUCGAUGGCCAGCUGGUCGCCGCCCUCUUAUACGACGUCGGGCCUUGCCGGAAGCCUUACUUCAACGAGACAUCCGCAGCCUGCCCGAGCGGAUUGCAGGAUGGCGUUCAGGAGUCGCUCCGCCAGGCUGCCGCCCGGAUUUGUCGGGCUCUCGGCUUGAACCACGGUGUCUUCAGCGUGGAGCUGAAAUCCACUCGAACGGGGUUGAAGCUGAUCGAGGUUAACGGGAGGCAAGGGGGCUAUUACAUCCAGGAUUGGAUGCGGCGCGUCUACGGGGUUGACCUGUUGAAAGCGAACAUGCUGACGGCGUUUGGCAUCAGGCCGCACAUUCACACUCUCCCGCAGCCGCGUACACACCUAGUGGGCAGAAUGAUCUAUUCAGGGCUACACGGAGCCGCGUUUGGAAAUGGCAGCUGCUCUGUAGAGCUAUUGACGCGGCUGCAUCGAGAAGGUGUUGCCGAUCUGUUCCAACAAGACCCCGACCUAGUCCCGUCCGAGGAGUUCGAAGAGCCGUUUGCAAACAUUGCGGUUCCGGGGGCGACAAGGGCGGCCGCAAAAGCCCACAUGGAGGCGCUCUGGAGGAUGCUCGGCUUUGAGGCACUCGACUCAAAACCGUGCCCUUACUAUCUAUCAUUAUUCUAA